UUUUUUUCGUGUUCUCUUGAUAAGUGUUUCUCACGCCGUGUAACUCCAGCACGGUAGGUGGCGACAACGCACACCUUCACCCGCUUCACGGUGGAGGAUCCACUUCCAGGACAUUUCUGCUUCGAAUUUAAAACCGGUGCCUUCGAGUGACAUUCUCUGAUGUUUUGUCAGUUUUAUCGUUUUUAAUACCGACAUUUUAAAAUAAUUGAAUGUACAAAUGGCCGGUUUACCGCCAGGAGACCCACAGUUGGUGUCAAUGAUCGUCAGCCAUUUAAAAUCACAGGGUCUGUUCGACCAGUUCAGGAGGGACUGUUUGGCGGACGUCGACACGAAGCCAGCAUACUUGAACCUGAAACAAAGAGUGGACAACUUUGUCUCAAAUCACCUGUCUAACCACACAUGGAGUCCUCAUUUGAACAAGAACCAGCUGAGGAACAACAUCAGACAACUGGUGCUGCAAUCUGGAAUGCUGGAGCAAGGAGUUGACAGGAUUGUGGCCCAGGUGGUGGAUCCGAAAGUCAGUCACAUCUUCAGGCCGCAGGUGGAGCGUGUGGUCUGUGAAUUUCUGUCACCGGGCAGCUGUGCUGAGGAACCCGCAGCCCCACAGCUUGCAGCAGAGACAAAACCAGAUGGUAGCGUCCCUGAGCAAGCCUCAUCAUCAUCAGCUCCAACAUCUGGUGCAGCCAGUGAUGCUUUGUCCAUUCUGGACACUAUAACCACUCUGAACCAGGAGGUCAGCACCAGAGUCGGCUCAGUAGCAGAGAAAGGGCGAAAGGGUCAAGGGUCGGAUGAACCCAUGCAGCUUGCAGAGAACAGCGAGCAGGAAAUGAGUCUCCUUGAGGAUGGAGACAGUCAGGAUGAUGUGAAGACACUGGAAGAGGUAGAUGAAGCAAAACUAGCACUUGAUGUCCAGGCGUUAGACGUUAAGAGAGAGGAACAAAUGGAUCUGACACCUGAGGGAUUAACAGAAGAUAUAAAGAUGGAAGUUGAAGAGCCGACAGCUCAAGAACAGACAGAAGAGGAGAAAGACAAGACACAGAGCAAAACGACAGGAAAAGUCACAGAUGAAAAACAGGAUGAGGAAAUCCAGAAAUCCACAACUCAGGCGAAGCAGAAGGCAAGAGAGAGGAUAAAGGAUGAGUAUUCAUUGGAGGACUCUGACCUGGAAGGCUUGAGUGACAUUACAGUGAGCUCCGUGCACACCAGUGACCUGUCAUCUUUUGAGGAGGAAAGCGAUGAUGAGCAGCCACCGUCUGAUUCUUCUGAAGAUGAAGAGCUUCUACCAGACGAUCAUGGCGAGAAACCAGAAAGAAAGCAACCGCAUGGCGACGUAGGAGAAGAAGACAAGGAGCAGAAGCGCCGCCGCAAGGCCUACGUUCACAAGCCCUUCCUCUACUCCCGUUACUAUAGCGACUCGGACGAUGAAGUCACUGUGGAAGAGCGGCGGAGAUCUGUGGCAAAGGACAAGGAGGAAAGGCUGCUGAAGAGACAACUGAACAGGGAACGAAUGGAAGAGAAGCGCAAACAGAAAGCAGCACAGGCUGAAGAACAAGAUGAGGAAAAAGAAAAGAUUGCAGAGGCCUCUACACUGGAGGGUCCCAGGGCCAAAGAAGCUCGUAAAGAAAGGAAAGUUCUGGAGAAAAAAAUGGCUCUGAACAGGAAGAGAAAACUAGACUUGAGGAAAGAUGGAGAUCUUUCGAACAAGAAGAAAGGAGAUGCAGGAGGAGAUGGGGCAGAAAAAACAGAAGGGAAACCCUCAACCUCAAAGGUGCCACAACAGAAGCUGCAAACACGCGUGCCAGAAUCUGCAUCGGCUGAUGAGCGGCACAGAAGGAGAAGCGGCAGCGUCCCAGAGGAUCCCAAUGACACAAAAAAGCUCCCUGACAUAAGCCUGAUGCACCCGUUCAUUUUGGAGCUAGAACAAGGAUCCCAAGAGGCGCUCAAGCAACGAUCAGUCGGAAAAUUUGAUCGAUUGUCUCGCAAAGAACGCAAAGAGAAAGAACGCAGCUCUUCGGAUGACCGUGCCAAGUUCAGACCAAAGCAGGACAAAAAGCCUGAACCUUCAGCGGAUGAAACGCUGCAAAAGGAAGGCAUUGGUGUUAAGGUGUCUUCUGAAGAGAAAGGCGAGAAGAAGCCCAAGAUCAAAAGUGACAAGAAAAUGGCAGGAACCACAAAAGAAGGGAAAGUGUCAGAUGGUUGUGAUGACGGACCUCCAAAAGAUUCUGCUGCCAAAAAGGUAAAGACUCCAUCCAUGGAGGUGACCAAAACAGAGACUGUCAAGGAGAAAGAAAGGGACAAAAUUAAGGAAAAGGACAAGAUCAAAGAAAAGGCCAAAGGCGAGAAGACUUCAGUUAAAAGUGAGUUCAAACAUGUGCAAUGCCCUGAUUCCACUGGUUCCUCUGAGGAAAGGUCUGACCUGGAGCCUGGAGCAGAGAAGAAGAAGAAAGAUAAACACUCCAAGGAAAUCCUCAACAGGCCGAUAAGUCACACUGAGGACAGGCAAGGAGACAAAGCCAAGUCUAAAAGCGAGAGUAAAGACGAGAGGGAGAAAAACAAAGCUCAUCAAGACAGCCGGAAAUCAAAUAAGGUGAGCUCUGAAACUGACAAAGAUCCAAAAAGGCUCAAGCAGGCGGAAAAAGGCAGAAUUGCAGAAAAAUCCAGAUCUAAAGAGGAAGCCCAGACUCUUCUGUCAUCAAAGACAGAGAAGAAAGUUCAGAGUUCAGAGGUCAAAAGUACAGGAGCUGCCUCUGUCUCCAAAACUGAACCGACAAAGGAGAAGAAGAGGGAAGGUAAUUCAAAGGAACAUCGCAAGACCUCAGAAGAACCUCCAUCUGAGAAAUCUACAAAGAAAAAGCAGGACAAGAAGGAUAAAGUUCCAGAAAAGAGAGAUGACAACCUAGAAGAGAAGAAAGCAGACGGAGAAGACAAACCCCAAAGGUCUUCAGGUCCUUCACUGAGUCCUCAGUCAGAGGAGCAGCUGCUUAAACAAACUGUUCUUCAAGACACAAGCACCAACUCGGAGCCCAUCCCUACUGCUGUAACCGCAUCCCUCUCAGAAGAUAUCUGUGAUGCUUUAAGUGACAUCACACCUGAGCUGCCCGAAAGUGAAACAGAAUCACGACUCCACAAGAUGCCAGCUGAGGCUGAUGCACUGCUGACCCUCAUGGAUGUUUGCACCUCAGCAGAUGCAAGAAAUCCAGAAGAUGUCAGUCGAGAUGUUUUAACUCCUGAGAUGGAGCUUGAAGCAGAUCUGAAAAUGAAAGAGGCGGCUCUGACUCUUCUCUCCAUGGAUCCAGAUAGUACUGUGUCUUCCACAAUGAUUAACCAGAAUGUCAGAGAAGAUGUACAGAUCGGUGUGCAUGUCUCAGACACUGUGGAAACGGCAGAAGAUGAAGAGCAGCAGAAACCAAUAACUGUGCAAACAGUUGCAGAAUUAGAAGUAGCAGCUGCAGUUGUGUCUCAACAAAUCUCUGAGCUUACCGGUGAAAGAGCGAACACAACAAUUGAUUCUGAAAACUUGCCGCUUGAAACACACGUUUUAAGGGUUGAAAAUUUUCAGUCGCCUAUGCCACAGGAUGAUGACACUAACCCCAGUGCACGUCAGGCUCCUUUAAGUGAUGAAGGAAAAUGUGCUCCAGGUGCACAACCAGAUGAGAAAUUGUCAUCAUCUACUGACAGAGAUGCAGCAGUAGACAUGAUUAUAUCUGAGGCAGGAGAUACCACAAAAGACACAGAAGAAAGCACAACAGCUAUUGUUGCUGAUUCAGUUACUGCUGGACAAGAACAUACAGAGACAAAUGUAGGAGGCUCAGAGACAAUCAUCAAGGUUACAGACAAGAUUACCGAGGUCACAGGCACUGAGGUGGACGUCAGUAAUGGUGAAGUUGAGAAUAAGACAGACGUGGCAGAAAGUGUUGAAAUGGAUGCAGCAACUGGUGAAGCUGAGAAUAAGACAGAUGUGGUAGAAAUGGUUAAAAUGGAUGCAGCUACUGGUGAAGUGGAGAAUAAGUCAGAGGUGGCCGAAACUGUUGAAAUGGACACAGCUACUGGUGAUGUGGAGAAGAAGACAGAGGUGCCAGAAACUGUUGAAAUGCACCCAGAUACAAGUGAAGUGGAGAAUAACUCAGAUGUAGCCGAAACUGUUGAAAUGGUCACAGAUAUUA